AUGUAGAAACCCCACGUCCCCGCCUACAAUUUCCAUUUUGCAACGUGCGGCAGCUUUCAAGGCCCCGUGCAGGCAGCGGAGCCACGCAUCGACCACCGAAAGUUAUCCAAAACCAGCGGCAAACCAGGAGGGGAGCCAGCCAAGCAGCCGCGCGACGAUGAAGUGCUGGUGCACACAUGCGCCCAAGGGAGCAAUGGCGACGCCGCUCUCCAGCCCCUUCUCCGUCCCCACCCUCCGCGCCCCGCUCUGGCACGGCCGCCUCCACGCGCCUCUCCGGGCAAGCUCCGGCGAUGACGCCGCCGCCGGGCCGGAGACGCCGGCCCCGGUCGCCACCGCCCCCGCCGCGGACGAGGAGUUCGAGAAGCGCGUCCUGCAGCUGAAGUCCCGCGUCGGGCCCAAGAAGCGGGGUAGCGCCGGGGCGCGCAAGAGGAAGGCGGCCGCCGAGUCCAACGCCGUCACGCUGCCGCCGGUGCCGCUGCGGGAGCCCCGGUCGGCCCUCGGCCUGCCCGUGGAGUUCGGCUUCACCGCCUACAGCGAGCGGCUCAACGGCCUGCUGGCCACGGUGGGCCUCACCGCGCUGCUGCUGGUGGAGCUCGGCUCCGGCAAGUCCCUGGUGAAGUACCACCAGGCGCCCACGCUGUUCCUGCAGGUGUACACGAUCGUCGCGACCGGCACCGUGUACGUCAAGUACGAGAAGGAGCGGAUCAGCGUCUGGCCGGCGCCGGCGCCGCCCAAGGCGCCGACGAGCGGGGAAUGAGCUUGGUUGGUUUUGGUCUCGUCGGUAGGAUGCUUCCAUUUUGUAAUUUAUUACGUACAACCUCCGGAGUUGCCGAGCUGUGCUGUAAAAACUGAAAUUGCUUAACCACGCGAGUUCAAAAAAAUACAGAAUGUUUACUUACA